UUGCACUAUCUCAUCCGCAUCAAAGGCUUUGGCUAUAUUAAGUUUCACCACCAAAUUAAGUUUGUACCCUUAUUUUCUUGUCAAUAGAAUUAAUCAUUUCUUGGGACACAAGAACAUGUUCAGAAAUAUCCCUCCCUUGUGUGAAACCUGCUUGUUCAACAUAAUUAAGUCUAGGUAAAAUAAGACUUAUUGUAUCUGCCAUGAUCUUAGUACAAACCUUACUUAUAAAAUUGGACAAAAUAAUUGGCCCGAAAUCAGCAAAGGUGAAGGGCCUUUCCUUUUUAGGAAUGAGCACAACCAGAGAACUGACCAUAGCUUUAGGAAUAUGAUUUCCUAAAACGAAAUCUUGAACAACUCUAACCACGUCCCAACCCACAAUAUUCCAGCACUUUCUAAAGAACACUCCAUUAUAAUCAUGACGAUGAGGAGCCCCAUUUUUAUUCAAGUCUCAGAUUGUUUUUUUGGUUUCAUCAAAAGUAGGCAGCUGCAUAAGCAUGUUGUUAUCACCAUCUUGUUCUAACUUUGGAAUGUAUUGCAGUAUCUCCUCCACAUCAUGAACAUAUAUCUCAUAAAAAUAGUAGAGAAAUAGCACUCUGCAGCAUUUCCAAUGUCAUCAGGUAUUCAGGUUCAGUAAGAGCAUUUCCUGCAGAAUCUUUAAUCGACAAUAUUUGUUGUUUUCUCCUUCUAAUAUUAACAAAUGAGUGAUAAAAUUUAGUAUUAGCAUCCCCUUCUUUCAACCACUUAAUAUGCGCCUCCUGUUUUCAAAAGAGUCUCUCCUGUUUGUGUUUAGAAAUGAGUAGGGCUUGUUUGUAAGAUCCGUCUUCUCUGUGCUCCAUAGAAGGGUCAGCUUGAAAUAGAAUUUCAGCAUGUAAAACCUCCUCUUCCAGCUUCUUAAUAUCAUGAAAAACAUUCUCAAAAGCCUCUUGGCAACUUCCAAGAAAAGAAGUGGAAAUUCCCUACACCUCAUUGGACAACUAUAUAUUGGGAAAAUAUCUUAUAGUUUCGGGAUUCACCUGAUAUACCUGUUUUUGGCAUGAUGUUCUGGAUUCUAAAUUUUAUGCGCUCAAGUGAAAGAAUAUUAAUGUGAUUUGUAAAAUUAGAAGAUAAAAUAUUCUUCUUCUCAUCUUGGGUUGCUCUUAAAAUCUGAUGCUAGCGCCCAUUUCCAGCUUGCCUGAGACACUGAAAUAUUUCUUAUCACCCCAGAAAAAAUGGAGCUUGAUUCAUCUCAAGCAGAUUCAUUCUCUGCUGAUCACAUUUGGUCUCUGCCACCACAAUUCCUUUCUCAGGCAACUACUCGACCAAUGCGUAUCGCUCCCUUCAUUCCCCUCUUCCUACGCUCUUUCCAUCUUCACUGGAAUCAAAGAACCCAAUGCCCAUUCCUGGAAUGCCAUGAUCAAAGGCUAUUCCACCACCUCAAACCCUCACGACUCCAUUCUUCUCUUCGCGAAAAUGCGGGAAAGCCUCGCCUUUCCUAACAAACACACCUUCCCUCUGCUUCUCAAGGCAUUUUCCAAGGCCAGAGCAGAAAACCCACUCCAGGUUUUUGCCCAAACUGUGAAAUUUGGGUUCGAUACUGACCAUUUUGUGCAGAACUCUUUGGUUUCUUCUCUAGCCGUUUGUGGGUACAUUGACUAUUCAUGCAAGGUGUUUGUUGAAAUGCCUCAAAGGGAUGUGAUUUCUUAUACUGCGUUGAUUGAUGGGUACAUGAGGAAUGGUAGGCCAUCCGAAGCUCUGGAGCUCUUUCUACAUAUGAGAGGAGCGGGUGUGAAGGUGGAUGAGGGCACCAUAGUCAGUGCUCUUUGUGCAGUGGGGUUGUCAAGAUGUUCUUGGUUCGGGAAGUGGCUUCACGGGUUCUAUAUAAUUCCGGGUAGAGUCCAUCAAGAUAUCUUCAUCGGGAGUUCUCUUGUGGAUAUGUAUUCCAAAUGCGGAUUGUGCAGUGAUGCAAGUUUAGUCUUUUCAGAGAUGCCGAACAAGAACAUAGUUUCCUGGACAGUGAUGAUAUCUGGAUUUAUUAACUGUGAGCAAUUCAAGAAUGCACUGGCCACUUUUGAAUCCAUGCUGGCAAGUGGAUUAGAGCCUAACGAAGCCACAUUAACAAGUGUUCUAGCCGCUUGUACUAAACUAGGUGCUCUUGAUCAUGGCAGGUGGGUCCAGAAGUAUAUCGAGUCAAAAGGUUUGGCUUUAAAUCCGGCUCUUGCAACUGCUUUGGUUGAUCUGUACGCAAAAUGUGGAUGCAUCCAUGGAGCACUCUUACUUUUCAAGAAGAUGCCAUUUAAUAAAGAUGUUUAUGCAUGGACAGUCAUCCUCAACGGUUUGGCAAUGCAUGGUGAAGUUAGAAAAUGCUUAGAUCUCUUCGGAGAAAUGUUAACCGAAGGGGUAAAGCCAAAUGGGGUGACAUUCAUGGGAGUUCUCAGUGCUUGCUCCCAUGGAGGACUUGUUGAUGAGGGGAAGAAACUGUUUGGAGUGAUGGAGAGUGUGUGUGGAAUAAAACCAACUGUGGACCAUUAUGGUUGCAUGGUUGAUCUAUUGGGUCGGGCUGGAAGGCUUGAUGAAGCAGUCAAGUUGAUUGAAGGGAUGCCGAUGGAGCCCACCCCGGGUGUGUGGGGUGCUCUGUUUGGUGCAUGCUUGAUUCACAAGCAGUAUGAGUUAGGGGAAUGGGUAGGGAAUAUGCUAAUUAGCUUACAACCUCAUCAUAGUGGCAGGUACACACUUUUGGCAAAUUUGCAUUCAAUGUCUGGGAACUGGAAAGCAAUGGGUCAAGUACGGAGAAUGAUGAGAGAGAAUGGGGUUGAGAAGAGCAAGGGAUGUAGUUGGUUUGAACUGGAAGGCACUGUCCAUGAGUUCAUUGCUUUUGACCAAUCGCAUGUUGACUCUCAAAUUGUGUAUUUGGUCUUGGAUAGCCUUUUCAGCCAUUUAGAACCCGCAAAUUUUCUUCAUGCACUUACCUUAUGAAUCUCACAAAAUCUUUGCAAUUGCCAUUAAUUAUACUGUUUAGUAGUGUUCUAAAAAACUCUAAGAGCUGGCAGAAGACUCAAGGCCUAAUUGCUAGGCAAAGCACAGGCAGAGAAACCGUGGGCUAUCAAGAGAAGCCUUCAAAUUUCUUGGUCCAAAUGCCAAACAAUGACACUCAAUGUUUUACCAAAAACCUCAACUGACCCGAACUUUAAAAAAAUAUCAAGAUUGGUUUGGACAUGUGAGUGCAGGUGCCUAAAAAACAAAUGUGAUUAUAUAUGAAGUUGAAGGAGUAACAAGACUUAAUUGCAACGGCAAACAACACCAUAAAUUUGUAACUUUGUUAUGUUUAGCAUCAAGUUUUUGGAUUCAAAAUGCAGUUCUUUGUUGUUGUAAUUAGUCUUAUCAUCACUUUCAAGUUUCAACUUUCUUUAUGUACAUGAUUGCAUAUUUGCAUUCAUGUUUGAGUUGUAUUACCAGGUCAAAAUGUAGUUCCAAAAUGGAACCAAAAUAGUACCACUGGCUUACAAUUAUAUUAAUUUUACUUUAACUACAA